AAAGAAAGAAAGAAAAGCCAUAGACCAAAUCAAGAAGUAGGAAGAAAAAGUGGCACAAAGGCCACCAAUUGUUUCAUUUUAAUGGAUUCCAUGCUUGCAUCCCCAAUCCCCUUUCUAUCCCUCUCAUUCUUCCUCCUAUUCUUCUAUUCAAGUGAGAUACUGGUCGAAGGCGCGACAUUUACAUUCUUGAACAAGUGCGGCUACACGGUGUGGCCGGGGAUCCUGUCGGGCUCCGGCAGCCCGGAGCUGGAGACGACCGGCUUCGAGCUGGCCACCGGCGAUUCUCGGUCCUUGCUGGCACCGACCGGGUGGUCCGGCCGCUUCUGGGCCCGGACGGAGUGCAGCUUCGACGGCGCCGGCAAGGGGUCCUGCAACACCGGCGACUGCGGGAGCGGCGGGGUGGAGUGCAAGGGCAGCGGGGCGGCGCCGCCAGCGACGCUGGCGGAGUUCACCCUGGCGGGGCCGGCGUCGGCCAAGGACUACUACGACGUGAGCCUGGUGGAUGGGUACAACCUGCCGAUGAUGGUGGAUACCCGAGGCGGCGCCGGGGGGUGCGCGUCGACGGGGUGCGUGGCGGAUCUGAGCCGACGGUGCCCGGCGGAGCUGAGGGUCGGUGACGCGUGCAGGAGCGCCUGCGAGGCGUUCGGGAAGCCGGAGUUCUGCUGCAGCGGGGCGUACGCGAGCCCUGCGACGUGCCGACCCUCGGUCUACUCCCAGAUGUUCAAGUCGGCGUGUCCCAAGUCCUACAGCUACGCCUUCGACGACCCCACCAGCACCUUCACCUGCUCCGGCGCCGACUAUACCAUCACCUUCUGCCCGGAAUCGACACCCAGCCAAAGCAGUCAGAAAUCCUCUAGAGAUUCUCCAACUCCGAGAACAGGAGGAGGGGUGAUGUUGGAAGAUGACUCUUGGCUUGCAAGCCUGGCCACUGGAGCUGCUCCUGCCACCAGAACGAGGGUUUCUUUCCUCCACCAAUCCUUGCUAAUCCUCGCCACCACGGCUUGCAUCCUAUUGUUGCUAUAGCAUUAAAAAUUGUUCUAGUCCUCUUUUUAUCCACUGUCUCCCUCUUUAGAGGACUGGUAAAAAAAAAAAAAAGUAAUAGAUUAGAUGGUCGCCCUCCAAUUCCCAAAAAAGAAAAGGCUAUGAGGUGGGGACUAAGGCUGUUCUCACCCUUCUCAAGGAAUGGAAAGUUUGACUGAAGUGAAGUGAUGUAACUCAAUGCUUUUGUUUUGUAUCCUAUAGAUUUCAUUUGAAUGCUAGUUAAUUCAUAUGGUUGUUUUGGUG